AUGUCUUCACAAUCACAACCAAAUACUGUCAAUCAGCAACAUCAAAAUGUACAGACACAACAACAACAACAACAGGAUAGUCAAUCACAACAAACAUCAAUACCACAACAACCACCACAACCAGUGGCAGCUGUAGUUGUUAUCAAAGAAGUACCAAGUCUAUUAAAUCUAUGCUUUGAUGUGAUACUUGCAAACUUGGAACGAUACCAGAAUAGCGACCUAUCGGAUGUCCUGCCAAUAUCGGUCAAGGAUCACCUUUUCUCAUACUACUGCACAAAGAUUGCGAGCGAGGUCUCUGUGUCACGAUUCCCAAUAACCAGCUUCCCAGAGGACAGAUAUCGAGAUGUUCAACUGGUCAACAGGAUCACCUGUCAGCGAGUCAUACCUCUGUGCUUUGCCAUGUGGUCCUCACUCGACUACCGCUUUGAGAAAGUGCGCAAGCUGAUAGAGGAAGAGGCAUGUGAUGUGAACGAGAGCGAUCUGGAAGGCUUCUGUCCACUUCACUAUGCCGCCAUUUACGGCCGAAUAGAUGCUUGUGAACUGUUGCUCAUUCACGGUGCAGACUGUGCAAGAAAGAAUAACUUUGGAAAGACUCCUGCUGAUCUCGCACAGGAUGUAAGAGUACAACAAAUGAUCAAACUCAGAGCAUUACUCUUUAGAAAGGAUGAGGUUAAGGAGAUGGAGCAAGACCUGGUGAUCAAGAGGAAGAGGAUGGAGGAGUACAAGAAGAAGAAGUUGAUCGAAGACUUUAUGUCGCACUCCAAACAAUUCUCAUCGGUAUUGGAACAGAAGGGCUACAUUCAAAGGAAGAAGCCCGUAUCAGUUAGCGUUGAGGCGUCAAGUACCAACUGCAACAACAUCAGUACAAUAGCAACAGGUGGCAAUAUUAUAUCUACACUACAAUCAUUAUCUAUUGAACCAAUCAAUAACACAACAACAAUAACCAACAUACUACAACAACAACAACAACCAGACACACAACAGACUAUAUCAUCAACGUCCAACACAGCGGCGGGAUCCAAUCCUCCAUCCUCAAUCAACGACAACACAAUGCGAACAUUUAUAGCCCAGAUCGACCUGCCUACAACACAACAACUGAACGUCAACAUCCACCAUCAACAUCAUCACUCGGUGCACCAUCACCAGAGCACCUCGGCAUUCACACAAACCACGCACACCAUGGAGAACCUGAACAUUAGCAUUCCUCGUAGUAGACAGAGCAACAGUACAGGACCCAUACCACAUACAUUAGUGAGUGGAGGUGGAAGUGGAGUUGGAGGUGUCGACAACGAGACCAUGGUCAUUACCGACAACAACUCUAUCAAAUCAAUCCACCAAUCACCUCAUCAUCACGACUCUUUAUCCAAGGAAUAUAAUCAAUAUUAA